AUGGGCCUAGAACGCAACUUUGCAGGCGAUCACAAGGCGCACUUGGGCUAUUGGGGCCCUCCAACUUCUGUUGCCAACUUUUGUGAAGAAGACUACGCCAUCACUCUCUACAUUGGUGAAUUCGUCAACAGCUUCACUAAUCUUGCAUACGUCUACUGGGCAUUUCGAACGCUGCUGCCUGGGGAGACCUUGCUCACUCAACCCUCCAACCUUGCCCUCUUUUUCGUGGGAGUUUUCUCUCUGGUCUUCCAUCUGACCUUGAAGUAUGAGACUCAGGUCUGCGAUGAUCUGUCCAUGUUCUGGGUCUGUGCAGCCCUGGUCUACGAACUGUACACCCUGGGCUGGUCGAAACCCGCCAAAGUGGCAUUCGGUUCGAUCUUGACCGCUGUUCUGGGCGUCAUCAGUGCCUACCAUUACGCGCUCCACCAGCUGUGGCUGCACAACACCACCUUUAUCGCCCUAGUUACCGCGAUUUGGCCGAGAGUGUUGUACCUGAUCCGAACGAGGUUCCAAGGCGAGAAGAAGCAAUAUUGGACUCAGCAAUUCCGGGUCGGAGGUUUGUGCUUCCUCAUGGGAUUCGUCGUGUGGGUGAUUGACGGGGCUUAUUGCGGCGCUCUACGGGAAACCCGAAAACAGCUGGGGAUUCCUUUUGCCUUUGUCCUCGAACUGCAUGGAUGGUGGCAUAUCCUCACAGCCCUUGGAGCAGGCUAUUGUAUUCGGGUGACCAAGGUCCUGACCCGGGAGCACCAGGAGCAGUCAUCCGCCAAAGUGCGGUAG